UGUGCGCAUGCUUUCCUCGCUUCAGUCAAACUGCUGGAGCUCUGACGGUCCGUCAGACUCUGGUUUCAUCGCUGAAUGAAGAAUCAGGAUAACUUCUGUGCUUGUUUACGUCUACAUACGUCUACAUUUCUGUUGUUUGAUUACUUCCGGAUUUCACCGCUCGGCGCUGCAGGAACUUACCGAGGAGCAGCUCUCCUCCUCCGGCUGUACUCCUCCGAUCACCACGGCGAUUCAGCGGUCAGACUUCACUGUGAAAAUGUCUAAAGGGACCCUGAGGGACCUGCAGCUCGCUCUGCAGCUGAAGAUUGAGGAGCUCCGUCAGAGAGACUCUCUGAUCGACGAGCUGGAGCUGGAGCUGGACACCAAAGACGACCUGAUCCGACAGCUGCAGGUGGAGCUGGACCGACACCGCAACGCCUCCACGCAGGCUGCCAAACCCACCGUGGAGAUGCCCCCCACAGGCGCAGCAGUUCAGCCUCCAGCAGCUCCCGAUGAACCUCAGCGCACAAAGAGACAGGCCAUCUCUGCAGAGCCCACAGCGCUCGACCCCUCACAGCUCACCGACAUCACACUCACCAGCUACUGCAAGAGCAAAGAGUCCAGAGAGCUGAUCCAAAGAGCUUUAAUGGACAACGACUUCAUGAAACACCUGGAGCACGGGCAGAUCCUCACCAUCAUGGACUGUAUGCAUCCCACGUGUCUGUCCAAAGGCUGCUGCGUCAUCCAGGAGGGAGAUGAUGGCUCCAUGGUCUACGUCCUAGAGGAGGGAAUGGUGGAGGUGUCCAAACAGGGACAGAAGCUGUGCGACAUCGGCCCUGGAAAAGUCUUUGGAGAGCUAGCCAUCCUCUACAACUGCACACGCACAGCAACGGUGACAGCUCUGACAGACAUCAAGCUCUGGGCGAUCGACCGUCAGGGUUUCCAGACCAUCAUGAUGAGAACUGGUCUCAUCAAGCAUUCCCAGUACACAGACUUCCUCCGCAGCGUUCCUUCCUUCCAGGCGUUACCUGAGGACAUCCUCAGUAAACUGGCUGAUGUUUUGGAGGAGACUCAUUACAGCGACUCUGAUUACAUUAUCCGUCAGGGAGCUACCGGAGACACAUUCUUCAUCAUCAGUGAAGGACAGGUGAAAGUGUCUCAGCAGAACUCAGCCAAUGACGAGCCGUUGAUGGUGAAGACUCUCUCUAAAGGAGACUGGUUUGGAGAGCAGGCUCUGAAAGGAGAGGACGUUCGUAUGGCGAGUGUCACCGCCGUGGGAGACGUCACAUGUCUGGUCAUCGAUAGAGAGUCUUUCAAGCAGCUGAUUGGAGGACUGGAUGAUGUCAACAACAAGCAGUAUGACAGCGACGAGGUCAAGGCCAAGCUGCAGGCUGAGGCAGACUUCUUCUCCAGCGUGUCUCUCAGUGAUAUCAACAUCGUCUGCACUCUGGGGAUGGGAGGCUUCAGCCGAGUCGAGCUGGUGCAGUUAAAAAACGACACAAACCGAUCGUUUGCCCUCAAAGUCCUGAAGAAGCGUCACAUCCUGGACACCAGCCAGCAGGGCCACAUCCUGUCGGAGCGCCGCAUCAUGAUGGAGGCUCACAGUCCCUUCAUCAUCAGGUUGUAUCGGACGUUCAGAGACUCUAAAUAUCUGUACAUGCUGCUGGAGGCCUGCCUCGGUGGGGAGCUGUGGACACUACUCAGAGACAGGGGAUCAUUCGAUGACGGCACCACCCGCUUCUACACCGGCUGUGUCAUCGAGGCCCUGGCCUUCCUGCACUCCAGAGGGAUCAUCUACAGAGACCUCAAACCAGAGAACAUCAUUCUGGACCACAGAGGAUACGCCAAACUGGUGGACUUUGGCUUUGCAAAGAAGGUGGGUCUGGGGAAGAAGACGUGGACAUUCUGUGGGACUCCAGAGUACGUGGCUCCUGAGAUCAUCCUAAAUAAAGGACAUGACAGCUCAGCAGACUGCUGGUCCCUGGGGAUACUCGUCUUUGAGCUGCUCAGUGGCAGUCCCCCGUUUUCUGGCUCUGACCCCAUGAAGACCUACAACAUCAUCCUGAGAGGCAUCGACAUGAUCGAGUUUCCCAAAAAGAUCACCAAGAGCGCUGCUAACCUCAUCAAACGCCUCUGCAGGGACAAUCCUUCAGAGCGGCUCGGGAACCAGAAGAACGGAGUGAAGGACAUCCAGAAACACAAGUGGUUUGAGGGAUUUAACUGGGACGGACUCCGACAAGGGACCAUCGACUCUCCGUUUACGCCCACAGUGGAUGGCCCGCUUGACAACAGCAACUUUGACUUUUUCCCUGAGGACUCCGACGGCCCUCCUCCUGACGAGGACUCUGGCUGGGACCUGGAGUUUUAACUUUAUUAACAGGGUUUUCAUUGACGCCAGAUUUAUGGAGGCCCUUUUUAGCCAGUUAAAAAAAUAAAAAUAAAAAUAUAUAAAAGCUGUUCUGACACGCCAGAUAGACUGUUUUACUCUCAUAAUCCUUUUUCUAAUAAAGAGGACCAGU